AAAAUUAAUUAUAAAUCUCCAAAAAAAAAAGCACAAAAAAAAAGAAAUUUCCUUAAUUUCUUAAUUCCUUUCUUUUUUCCAAAAACAAAAACAUUCUAAAAAGAUCAUGGCAAAGGUAGCAUUCAUGUUUGUCUUCUCGCUCGUGCUGGUCAUGUCGAUCCGCACGGUCAUUGGUGCCGACGCCCCCUCCGAGUCGGGCGGAUGGAGUGCCAUGGCCGACAAGAUUGGCGGUGUGUUCAGCCCCAAUGAUGACGACAACAAGGGACGCAGCCCCACUGGUGCUGCAAUGGACCAAGUCCGCCAGGCGGCAGCCCCCACCGUUCACGGGAUGAGAGGAGCCGCGCAGGCUUUUGCGAGCCAGGCCUCCCAGGCUGUGGACACUGCCAAGCAGGACACCGCCACCUGGGGCGACUGGCUCAAGCACAAGCUCGGAGCCAUGAACAUCUUCGGCGGCGACAGCAACAAGGAUGAGGCACCAGCAAUGUCCCCAGCCGCCUAAGAUCGAGCCAAUCUGAUGUCGUAGAAAGUUUACACGUCAAAUUAUAUAUAGAUAUAUUAGCUCUAAUAACUAUGAUCACCAGUAGUAAUCUAGCUAGUUUCGAUCUCCGAUUAAGUUCGUUAUAUAAUCACCGCAUGAGAGAUGUAAUUUUUGAUAAUACGCUAGCAUCCCUUGUGGCUUUUAGUAAUAAGCUGCCACUUAUAAUUAGCAGCUAAACCCGGUCAUCAGGCCGGAUAAUUUUGUAUCGUUCUGAUCCAUUAAUGUACUUCAAUAAACUUUUGUACUAUGUAAAGUA